UUUACAUCUCCAAGCUAUAUACAGAAAUAACAUGGAAAGCAAGUGGGACUAAUGUGUGCGAAUGGUCUGCGCGAAAUGUAAAAGCUCCCACUGAAUAACGCUCCCACUUGUACUCAAAUGCGAUUCGUGCGCAUCAGCGGUGUCGUCGACGUUGUCGUAUUAAUGUCGCCGACGUAUAGUGGCAGUAUACUCGUGCUGCACUGCAUUACAUUUCACUGCGAUCCAUUUAUCCAUCCAUAUUCGUGUCGCAACCCCAAGAAAGCAAUCACUACCAUCCGUGUGUGUUUGCCGCGAGCCYAUUCUUAUCCGUCCAACGCCCAUGGCGAAACAUCCAGCAGUACAAUAACAAAUAUAUUUAUUAAUUAUUAACCACAAGGGACUGAAAUAUAUUGUUAACUACUUUAGUGUAAAUAUUCAUACAUAUAUGAAAAGUGAAGUAUUAAUAAACAAAUAAUAUAAAAAGUAAAAAUAUAAAAGUGAGAAUWCUUUAUGAUAAAGACCAACAACUUAAAGAACAGGUGUACAUAUUACAAGUAACAAAUUGUACUUUUUCUUCAACACGUGUUGUGUAAUCUGCUGCGCCAAUGUWUCCGUGAGUGUGUCCCUUCCCUACGGUUCUUUACUCAAAACCAAAGUUACAACACCGUUAUAGAAUAGUGUCGUAGUACAUUCACCUAUACAUUUCCCAUUUACCUACGAACUUCACAAAUAUAGAUGUCAACAAUAGAUCUGGUURUUGUAAUCGCAGUGGGCAGCGUCUCUGUCCGACCGGGGACUCCAUCAGCCAAUUAACAGCCGUUAGUAAGAGUGUAGCUAGUCGUAUGCCAGUUACCCRAGCAAACAAAUAAACACCACACACACACACAUAUUGCAACAAGCACCAACACGAAAGCCAAUAAAGAAAAUCGGCAAACCAAGGUAUCCAACUAAGACUCACUAGGCGCUCACUACCGGCACAAUUCGAAAUCGUCGCUGCAGCAACAACCGACAACUGCGGUGGCAGGGACACACAUUUAUCAGCCAAGUGCRCCCCGAUUGGUACGGAUUCACUCGUAUCCUCAGCUUGUUGUCAGUACUGUUUUGAGGUUGUGCUGCGGUGGUUUUUAUUCUCUUGACUGUUUCGAAAGCUGCAAGCUUUUAUUCUUCGGUUUUAUUUUAUGCUUAAAUUGUUUUGCUUAAGGAUGCUUUUUACAACAUUUAUUUGCAUAUUUACUAUACUCUAUGUGUUGUUAAAUUAAGAGCGAAUCGUCCACGUAUGCCACAGACAAAAAACAAUAAACAGCAAAUAAUCUGAUAAAUAAGUGUUGCUGCUUGAAAAAAACUGUGAAUAAGUGCAAAAACGUGAAGGAAAUUGAGAAAUUAACUACAUAUACAAAAAUAUUAUUGUCUAUAUGUACUCUGAGCUAUGUGGAAAUAAAAUUUAUUCGUAGUUUAAUGAGCGCCGGUCGUGCAAUUAAAUAAGUUAUGAAAAAAAACAACACACAAAUAAGCAUUUAGUCCGUAAAAAUUAGWUUCCGUAACGCAUUGGAAAAAAGAAAAAAACAAAUAUAUGUACAUGCAUAUGUAAUUGUGUUUAUGUGUGUAAAUUGUACAAGCGAUAGAAAUUAAGUCACGAAAACACUAGACAAGAAUUAUAAUAGAACUAACUAUAUUUAUUUUACUAGUGUUUUUUAAAUACAAAAAAGUUUAAAUAACAUAGACGAGAAAUUUAAAGGGAACUAUACUUUUCAACAGAUGCGAUCUUUCARAAAUAAUAAAAUAAUAAAAAACAUAAUUAAAAAGUGCUAAGACARACAUUGUAAAAAUAGCAAGUCACUGUAAAAGCUUGGACCACAAUCAUAUUACAUACAUACAUUUCAAAACAUAUGCCGUAUGCUAAAGACUUCUUCACCUUUGAAAGGUCAGCGUGCAAUUAUGAAAAGGAGUUUUUGAAAAACUUGUUCAACGUUUGAAAGGAAAAAAGGAAUGCGCAUUAUUUUUCAUUCAUCGAGAAAUUUACAAGGAACAACAACGCGGCACACAGACGCUUUGUAAUUUUAUAACUUUUCUGGAAAUUGUUGACUUUUAAACCUAAAAGGAUCCAAUUAAGAAGCAUUUUCGUGUGUAUAUUUUACGCGGUGGCUAAUCAUAAUUUGUGUUAGCUAGCUUAGUCUGGCAUAAAUAAUUUAAUUUAACAACAAAUUUAUACUCCUCAACAAAAGGUUUGUGAGCAUAUCACAACCAAAAAAAAGCCUACAAAUGAAGAUGGCAUCCCAAAGAUUUUGCCUACGAUGGAAUAACCAUCAAAGCAACUUAUUAUCUGUGUUCGAUCAGUUGCUACACGCCGAGACAUUUACGGAUGUCACGCUGGCCGUCGAUGGACAAUACUUAAAAGCACACAAGAUGGUUCUAUCUGCCUGUAGUCCGUAUUUUAAUGCGCUCUUCGUACACCAUCCCGAAAAGCAUCCAAUUGUCAUUUUAAAGGAUGUACCAUACUCCGAUAUGAAAUCUCUGCUCGACUUUAUGUAUCGCGGUGAAGUUUCUGUGGAUCAGGAACGGCUCACGGCUUUUUUGCGUGUCGCCGAAUCAUUACGUAUUAAAGGUUUAACCGAAGUCAAUGAUGAUAAACCAUCACCGGUUGCGCCGACGCCACCACCACCACAACUACAACGUAUUCAACCGUAUUUGGUACAACAACAACAACAUCAACGUAGUAAAUCACAGAAUAGUCUAUUGGCUGGUUCAAACGCCGGUGCUGGUGGCAUGGCUGGUGGCCAAACAAUGGCUGGCGGCCAACAUACGCAGCAACAACAGUCGCUGUUGAGUUCAGCACUUGCAUCAAUGCCGAAAAGAAAACGUGGUAGGCCACGGAAAUUGUCGGGCAGCUCCAAUGGUACCGGAAAUGAUUAUGAUGAAUUUGAACGUGACGGCAUGAUGAACGACUCUGAGAUGGGCGAUUGCAAAAUGGGCGAUUCUUAUUCAGGCAAUGAUGAUGCUUCAGACGAUAAUCAACGUGACGGCGGCGAUAUGCGUGAUCCAAGCGAGAGCCGAGAUUCCGUUUCCCACAGCAAGAAAUUCAAAUCAAAAGACAACAAAUCUAAACAAAACGAAAAUGAUAACAGCACAUCUGUGCAACUUAUAAAUGCAUCACCCGAAUUAUCACAAAGGCUCUUUGGCUUGAUGAAACCAGCAGUUACUGUCCAACCGCAACAACAACAACCAGCACAAAAGGAUUCAAAUGAAUCUGCCGUCACGCAAACGUCACUGCUACAAUGUAAUGAACCACAAGAGGUUGCCACACAUCUGCCCACGGUCUUGGGACUGAAAGUACGUAAUGCAAUGCAAUUAACUGCUUCACCGCUACAACAACAGCAGCAACAACAGAGUGGCCCUCAGAACUCCAAUUCACUGUUGAAGCAGCAAUUGCGCGCUGGUUUAAAGGAAAUAUCAAAUAAUGCAUCAAAUGAAGCAAUGGCCACUGGCAGCGCCGAUUUUAGCUGUUCAGCACUACAAUCGCUGGCAAGUGUCGCCGAACGUCAAACGCCGAAUGCAAUACAGCCCCCUUCUGCCAAUAAUUUGCACCACCAGUUCUUGUUACACAUGGCCGCGAACCCGAUGCUAAAGCCCACUGCUGAUUUCUUUCGACAACCACAACAGCAAGAACAAACAACCACGCAAGACAACCACCAACAGCAAUCACAAGGCAAACAACCGCAAACACAAUCCCAACUGUUGCAGCAUACAGCAGCCGUACAGCCGACACAAUUACUCGAGCAGGAAUUACAACGUGAGGACAGCAUGUCGCCUACAAAUAUGGAUCUUAUACUCGAUCAUACUGAUAAAUCGGAGCCGGAAUUAACGUUAGCGGAUGAAACGGCCGGUCUAGAAUACAAAAACAAUGACAUAUCGCAAGAAAACAACGAGGAUGCUGUUGCUAUAACAACAAUAACAAUUGGCGAUGGACCUGACAAUGAGACCCUGAACGCACAAAGCACCACAGCAGCGAUAACAACAACAAAUGCACGUACAGGCUCCACAACCCGUCGCCCGGCGCAGCGACGGCGCAUACGACGUAAAGCGCAAUCCACAAUCGACGAUCAAGCUGAGCACUUGACAGAGAUGUCCGUCCGUGGACUCGAUCUGUUCCGUUAUGCACGCAUUAAUGAGGGCGUCUAUCAGUGUACCGAGUGUGCUAAAGAAGAUUUGCAAAAGACUUUCAAGAACAAAUACAGCUUCCAGCGGCAUGCCUUCCUAUAUCACGAGGGAAAGGUGCGUAAGGUGUUUCCUUGCACGUUGUGUGGCAAGGAAUUUUCACGUCCUGAUAAGAUGAAAAAUCACUUAAAGAUGGCGCAUGAGAAUUUUGUUGCACGCGACACCAGUAGCUUUAAUCCACUAAACUAUUUAAUAACGGCGGCAACGGCCGAAGAAAUGCAAACAGCUAUAUUUACCGCAAGCGCUGCUGCGCAACAACAACAACAGCAACAUCAAAAACAACAACAAAGAACAAUUGGUCAGGAUGAUUACUUGGGCAAUGGUGUUAGUAUUGUCAAUACAACGCAGCGGGAUCGUGGCAAUUCGCGGUCUACGUCGCCGAACGCAGCAGCGGCAUUGCUGAAAUCGCAGAAUGAAUUGACCAUCAAGAACGAGAUUGUGAUCUCACCUUCACCCUCACCCGAACCAAACAUGUCGGUGCCCAGGAAUGGCACAGCGCCAUCGGCACUUGCUGUAGUAACAAAAUCUACAAAUAUGUCCGUUUUGCAGGCGAAACGCAUAACGCAAAGACUGGAAGAGGUGAAUUAAGUUUAAAUGAACUAAAAUGCCACUAAAUAAUUAUUAAUAAUUAGGUGUAGUCUGGUGUGUUUAAAAACACAUUAAUGUUUAUUAAGUUUUAAACAUUUAUUUUUUUUUUUUUUGGUAGGCCGCAAAGUGCA